UAUCUAGAUAUUCGAUGCAUCCACAAGAAUAUGCAUCACAUCAAGCGUCUUUUCUAUACGCAUGCGCAAUUUUUAUUCCAAAUCGUCAAUGAAGAUUGCUGGUGCACUGUGCACUAGGUGCAGUGUCAAAGAACGGGAAUGAUCGAAGGAUUCAGGGACGUCCCCUCUUAUCGCGGAAAAUUCGGUAAUUCCUGUUCACAUGUUGCGCUGCGUUUCUUACAUUAUCUUCCUCUUUUCGAUAUAUAAGGGGAUUUCACCGUGAAAAAGUGUGGCGCGAAUAAACUUUGUAUGUAGACGAUUUGACGAGUCACUGUCUGAUAAAUGCACAGCUUAGUGGGACCCCCGGCGAAGAAGAGAUGCAUUAUGAGAAACGGCAACAAAGUACGAUUGAUGGAACAUGUGCGGGAAUUUCAGCUGCCUCAACAGUUUCCCAGCACGUGGAAACAGGCGAUGCAGCAGGGUAUCGUGAAUAUCGCGAAAUUCCAAUCCAGAAAUAUAAAUGAGUCUGAUGUUGAGUGUCAAGUACCGUGCAAACCGCAGAAAUUAAGAAUUAUAUCUGCGAAUGGAAAAGAUUUGGGAGAGUUUAAUCUGCAGUUGCGGACUGAUGAUCCAGUGAAAGGACAGGCAAUCACGAUCACCAAGGAUACUCCCAAGCCUGAGAAGCCAAUGUCGGUUCUAGCUUCACAGAGCAAAAUAUUUCCACGGAUACUUAAACAAGGAACAGUAAGGGUACCGAGAAAUUUGGUGGAUAUUACAUCCUGCAAUAAGAACAAUUCUGAGACAAAUAAUAUUAAUGUGUUGCAACAAUCUACAAAUGUAACACUAAAUAACGUGCUUGAGACUCAAGAUACUAAGAUUAGAAAUAAGGAAGCGCAAGUGUGUAAUAGCAAUAUUAAAGUCAAAUUACCAGUUUCUACAAAUGGGACAAAUUCUAAACAAUCCUUGCAUGAAAUUAUCAAUAGUAAUCAAAAGCAUAUAGUAUAUAAUGGAAUAGGCAAUGUAAAUAGCCAUAACAAAAUUCCACUAAUUACAAUAGAAGACAAUGAAGAAACUCCAGCUGAAAAUAUAUCUUUUAAAGAAAUUAUGAAAUCGCCAUUUCCUAUAGUGAAUUGCAAAAAGCUUGUACUAAACUCUAGUGAUAGUAAUGAUAUGCAUAGGUCUGAAGACUAUUUCAAAAAUGCAAUUUUGACGCAGUAUAAUAAUGUUGAGUCAUCAGUAGAUGAAAAAAAUGGAAUUAAUGUACAUCGUGGCAAGAUUAUAUCAAGGCAUAAUACAAAGGGUGAAAAUAUGCAAAGUAAAUAUGUUUCGAAGACUGUCUCUGAAAACAAUUGUUCUGCUGUUGCAGUUGACAAUCCUGUGCAAUGCAUUCCGGAAUUGCAACAAAUUACAAAUACUGUUGAUUCAAUUAUACAACUGGAUGUACAGAACAAGGAUUAUACAAAGGAUUCAACUCAGACAGGUUUAUCAGAUCAAUUGGAUAUUAUCAAGAAAGCAAUGGAUAGUGUAAAAGAUGACAAGCUGCGUACACUAGCACUAAAGGCCUUAGAAGAAUGUGGAAUUGGAAUUGAGAGAUGUGUUCCAAUAUCAGAGAAACACAAAGCUGUGAACGACACACAAAUACAAACUAUGGUAUUUGGCUUAUUAGAGCCUGAAUCUUUCAUAUUUAUUAACAAGGAUAAUAUUCAGAGAAUAAAUCAGAUUACUUUUUGUGAUAUACCUUCUAAUCAAAAUCAGUUAUUAACAAAUAGUUUACACUCGGAUCCUCUCUUCAAAGCUUCUAUAAUUGAACAAGAAAAUGAUUUCAAUAUAGAUUGUUUUCUUAAUGAAUUUGUGGAAGAAAAUUUAGAUGUCAUGAAAAUGAAGGAAACUUUAUCAGAUACAAAGAUAAGAUGUAAAAAUCUUAUAGAACAUUUGGAAAGAGAUUUUGAAUCGGUUAAACGUUAUGAUCAAAAUGGCAUGCUAAAUAUACAUAAUGCUGUUAUAAACAAUAAUAUCCAUCUCGUUCGGAGACAAUUAAUGAUACUUGAGAAAUGUAAAGAAAGUGUCGAUAUAUUGACUGAGGAUGAAAAGACAAGUUUAGAGCUUGCAGUCAAAUUUGAUGUACAUAGUGAAAUUGUGGAACUUUUACUGAAGGCUGGAGCACAACCAGUGAUACCAAAAUAUAUACACGAAUCGGCAUUGAUCAUAGCCAGUAAACUAUCAUCACCCUUGUUACCAAUGCUUAUUAAUCAGGUCUCGGAUGCGAUAUUACUCGAUCAAAUAGAUUCAGAAGGUCUCGCAGCAUUACAUUAUUGCAGUAUGCGCAAUAAUUGGCAAGGAGUGAAAGCGCUUAUAUCAGCUGGUGCAACUGUAGAUCUGAAGGAUAUGAGAUCAGGACGAACGCCUCUGUUUCAUGCACUGGACAACGGUCACACAGCGGUGGCACAGACACUAUUGAAAGCCGGUGCUAUUACAAAUGUCACAAAUUACGCGGGACAAACGCCUAUACCUAUAGUAAUGGAGAAGAUAAACCUUUAAGAAUAUAUAUAUAUAUAUAUAUAUAGUUAGAAGAAAAACAACACGAUGAUUUUUAUUUCUGAUAAAAGAAAAAUUUAUUA